CGACCGCUGUGCAUUUCUUGUUACAUUUGACCCUAAAGAUCAAUAAGACUAAAAGCUGGUAUGACACUAAAUCUGAAUUGUUUUCUUCUGUCCUUUACUGAGAUAGAUAUUGCCCAAAAAUGGUCAUUUUCAAUGCCGGUCAAAUCGCGGAAAUCCCCUWCUCUGUAUUCAGGUACAAACAAUUUUAUUUUUAUUGAGUUUCGUCCAAUCAGAACAAAAGUUGUCACGUGAACAUAUUCAAAGCUUAGACAUAAUAUUUUAUAUGAAAAAUUUCGAGAUUUUUUCAAGAAUCUCAAUUUUUUGCCUUUGUUUCCACUGGGUUGCGUAAAUUUGCGUGCAAGACCGUAUUCGUCCCCGUUAUACUUUACAAAGGUAAUGAUUGUGAAGGGCGUUGUUUUUGUGAUGUCAUAGUCAGUCCCAGGCUAAUUAGGUCAAGUAAUUAUUGGUCUGUGCCCAGCUCAAYCAAUCAAAUCAUUCCCUUGUGACUCCAAUAAAUACUUCGAUAUUUUUAGAGUCAAUUCCCAGAAAUUUAAGAAAAUAAUUUAAUAAAACCAAAUUUAUUCCUUGUUGACUUCAUUCUUCACUGAAGCUCAUCUGGUGCGGUACUCCUCAAGAAAAAAUCGCUUUUAAAGGAUGAACUCGAAGACCGAACAACCCAACACGGCCGAGGACCAAGAGACCAUUGAACUAGGCACCAAAGAUUUGGUCAUCCAAUUUUCUUUGAAGAAAAUUGACCAGGGAGUCACUUUGAGUCAAGUUAUUCAUCGUGUUGAGGAGAAAAAUGGCAUCGUUGUCAACAUCCAUUCACGCCAAAUCAAGAGCGGUGAUAAACUGGAAUUUCUCACUGAAAUAGCUGGAAUAGCAAAGGAAGAUGAAGCCCAAUUCAUGGAAGCAAUUCAGCCACUGGUUGAUGACUUAUCGCAACAUAAAAUCACAGGAAUACCAUAUUUCAAUGUCUGACCAAGCUUUUCCCAACUCAUGCAUGCCGAGAGUUUAACGACAUCUGGCCAUUCCUCGUGAGGGAAUGCGAUUACAAGCUUGGAAGUAUUCCACAAUUACAAGUGGUUUCAGAUUUCAUCAAAGAGCGUUCAGGUUUUACACUACGUCCUGUAGCAGGUCUUCUGUCACCCAGAGAUUUUCUUGCKGGAUUGGCRUUCCGUGUGUUUCAUAGCACRCAGUAUAUACGACAUGGAUCGAAACCUCUUUACACCCCAGAACCUGAUGUUGUACAUGAGCUUGUUGGCCAUGUGCCUUUACUUGCUGAUCCAGAGUUUGCUGAGUUUUCACAGGAGAUCGGCCUUGCUUCACUUGGAGCACCAGAUGACUGGAUUGACAAAUUGUCAACUCUUUACUGGUUUACCGUGGAGUUUGGACUCUGCAAAGAGGGGUCUGAAGUAAAAGCAUAUGGCGCGGGCUUGCUGUCAUCGUUUGGUGAGCUCGAGUACUGUCUGACUGAUAAACCGGUCAAAGAGAUUUUUUUUUCUGAAGUUACAGCAAACACUGAGUAUCCUAUAACCAAUUUUUUUUUCAAAUACUUCGUCGCUGAAAGUUUCAAGUCUGCUCGCGAGAAACUCAAGUCAUUUGCUGCUCAAAUUCCCCGUCCUUUCAGUGUGCGCUACAAUGCUUUCACUCAGUCAAUUGACGUGAUUGAGAAU